UCAAAAGCUGAAAUGUACAAAUUUCUAUUGCGACAUCAUUCUUUGAGUUUUCGUAACGAUAGGACCUCAACUUGCAAGUCCUUGCUAAAGCUGAGCAGCAAAGCCUCGAAUACGCCGCGUCCACCAAAGGAUCCUCCCGACGAGGGCUACCGACCUCAGAGUGUGGACCAUCAGGAGGUGGAAGUAUCCGACUUUGUUAGACCGCAAGCAUAUCGGCAAUUUAAUGGAUCUGAUGAGGUGCUCGGUCCCGGUGCGGGAAAGACUAAGGAUUACAAGAACGCCCAAUACUUUGGCUAUCAUCGCUUCAGUUUUGUUGAACUCCAGAAUCAAUCGAUGGAGUUGCGCGAUGAGCGACGAUUAAAUGGAGGCAUUCAAGUGAACAUGGGCGAGGAUGAUGAGGAGGAAUGUCUUGAUGACAGAUUGGAGGCCAUGAAGGAGCGGGAAGAGGAGUUUGAUAAGGCGCUGGCAGCUCAGUUGAAAGAUGGUGAAAAGGCCAAGUUAAAGGACUGGUGUUUAGCCAUGGAAAAGAAACAGGAGGAAAUGCAUAAGGCACAGAUGUCUAGCAAGGAUGACGAGAAGAAGCUCAAGGAAUGGUGUGAAGAAAUCGAAAAGAAGCAGCAAGAGCGAGCUAAGAAAGGACAGAAAUUGGACAACAAGACGGAGAAAGUUCAGAAGGCAAUCGACAAGAGAGUGAGUGAAAUAUUAACUGACUGCACGGAUAAAUUAAAGAAAACGGGCGACGCCAUUGAGGUGGGAAAAAAGAAUGCCCCUACUGAGUGUAAGAAGGAAGACAAAGUGAAAACUGAGAAACCUGCUGUAAAAUGUGAUGAAGCAAAAGUUAAGGAAAGUGUCAAAAAAGCAGAUGAAAAAUUAUGUGAUCAACCGAAAGAGAAGGACAAAAAAUAUGAAAUGAAAGGAAAGGUAGAAAAAUGUGAUAAACCGAAAGAAAAUGAGAACAAAUGUGAAAAACCAAAAGGAACUGAAGAGAAAUGUGCAAAGACUAAAGAAACAGAUGUGAAAUGUGAGAAGAAAGAAGAACAAAAGUCUGAUAAAUGUGAAAAGACGGAUAAAGACAGCAAAAAGUAACAUUCAAAGACGUCACAACCCAAAGCAAAGACCCAAACCAUACAAUGCCAUCCCAGCUGUGAGAGUUUUUAGUGCAUUGGCUAAGCGACGUCAUCAACCGCAAACAGUGGCGCCACAGUUGCUCCCAAACUGUACUGGUCAGAUACAUUUUGUUUAUCGCUUGGCCUUUUGUUGUUUUGUUAUUUUAAUUCUUUGUGCGAGUUUCUUUUCAAGUUGCAAUUUGAAUUGUUAAUAAAUUCAUAGUAGAGUUUCGCAUAUAAUCAA